AUGGAUGCUGCUGCCAAGAGAUGGCAGCUUCCGGCUGUCCAGUGGGUGGCAGUCCUGGUGUACGCGAUCCGGUCUCCUCCUUCUGACGAAGUAUUUCAAAGCCAGAAGGAGCACGGAGCUGCGCUCACCAAGGGGCUGCGGGUCGAGCCCGCCCCACACCGCACCUGCCGCCUCCGCCACGGCAGCCCACCCUGGCUCUCUACCGCGCUCGCACCAGCGCCCGAGCUAGCCAGCCGCGGUGCCUCUCUGCAGUGCCCUGACAAAUACCCUGAAAGACAAUUUGUUCUCGUCUCGCUUGCUAGGAGCUGGGAGAAGGAUGCAGAAGUAGCUGCUGUCACACCGAAAGUGGUGCGAGCACUCAGGUCUGCCCUAACGUCUCUUCCUCUGCCUGAGAACAGAACAACUGCUAAUAAAAAUGGAAUUUACCAGUUUGAACAGGCUUCAAAAUGCAAGGCAAUUCAGGACAAUAUUUUGUCGUCAUCUAUCAAGAAGAAAAGAUAUUCAGAAGAUUAUUUUCUUCACAUAGUCACCAAAUUGCAAAACUGCACCUGGAUAAAGAGACCAGAAGAAUGUACAAAAUUCAGGUCAGAAUUAGCAUCCUGCUGUGAUGCAGUACACAAUUUUAUUGCUUCUCAAAACAACACCCCGCUGGGAAGUAACAUGAGUUAUGAGGUGGACAAUAAAAAGACCAUCCUCAUCACGGAGGACAUUUUUAGGAUGCUCCCUAUGUCCUCUCCUCUUUCAGUCUAUCCCUUCAAGAACUGUGCAGUGGUUGGAAAUGGAGGCAUUCUGAAAAAUUCCAGCUGUGGGGCUGAAAUCGAUCGUUCUGACUUUGUGUUUAGGUGUAACCUCCCUCCAACCACGGGAAGCAUUAGCAAAGAUGUUGGCAAUAAAACAAACCUUGUGACUGUUAAUCCAAGUAUCAUAGCUCAGAAAUACAACAAACUAAACGAAAAGAAGACAGAAUUUCUGGAGAACAUUGCAGUCUAUGGAGAUGCUUUCCUUUUAUUGCCAGCAUUUUCCUUCAGAAGCAACACAGCUACUUCUUUUAAAGUAUAUCAAACUCUUCAAGAGUUCAAAGCAACACAAAGGGCAAUAUUUUUCCACCCCACUUACCUGAAAAGUCUUGCCCAGUUCUGGAGAACUAAGGGUGUGAAAGCCUACCGAUUGUCAUCUGGUUUUAUGAUCACUAGUGCUGCUGUUGAGCUGUGUGAGAAUGUGAAGCUAUAUGGCUUCUGGCCUUUCUCAAAAUCCGCAGAGAAGAUGCCAAUUAGCCACCACUAUUAUGACAACCAGCUGCCUAAACCAGGUUUCCAUGCAAUGCCCAAAGAAUACAACCAAAUCCUUCAACUUCAUGGCAAAGGCAUUUUGAAGUUGCAGUUUGGUAAAUGUGAAUCAGAAUAAAAAGGAUGAUGAUCCUGAGGAGAAAAUUUGUGUGUAUCUCAGCAGUUUGGUAUUGGAUUUGAUCUGAUGUGAUUUUGUGAGCGUUAAACUGCAUUACUACAAUACAGAGGAAUAUUUUACAUUUGGGAAGAAAAGAAAUUGAUUUUUGACAUAGUGAUUGCUACAUUUCUGAAUUUUGACUGAUCAGUUUUUUUAAUGCAAAAUAACAUAUAUUUGGGAAAUUUAGAAACUCCUGACUAUUGAUUUAAUCUUAGCAAAGCACAAUCUCAGGAUGGUGGCAAUAGGUGACAUUCAUCAUGUUUUGCUUCUUAAAUUAUAAUCAUUAAAAUAUUUUGACAUAAGAUCUCUAUUUUUGUUAAUGUCAUGUAAUACAGGCAAUAGUCACUUGUGUGGUAACUGGAUGAGCUGGUAGCGAACAUUUUCAAUUAAGAACUUGACUGUAUAAACACUAAGGCUUGUCUAGAUGAGAAAGGUGAUGAAAAGAGCUAUAGUGGAGUAAUUAAUUCAAAGCUAAAUCAUUUUUAGUGUCCCAGGGUGCAUAGAUGAAAAAAUCCCCCCGGGUUAAUGAUAGUGAAAUAGUUUAUGUGCUUUAAGUUUAUGGCCAAUAGAUAAUGCUGUAGAUUUAAUGGGAUCACUCAUGGGAAUGAUGUUAAUUUUGUGAACAAAUGUUUGAAGGACCAGGGCCGUAUAAUUAUUUUUAAACCCUCUUACUGCUUGUGUUCCUGUCUAAGGUGCAGUUGAGCUCCAAAUGAGAACCAUAAGCUAGGUUUUGUGCUACAAUUCCUGGAGUGCCAGUAGGGCAUGACUUUGCACGCAUCCCUCCCAUCCCAGAUCCAUAUCUCAGCCUACAUAUAAGCUGGACCAGGCACUAGAUAAAUGAACUAUGUCAUCCCUAUCAUUUUUUCUAUUUCUCACCUGACAUAACACCUACUGAUAUGUGACUACAGAUAAGGAAACUGCACUAAGCAUUGUUAGAAGGGAGUUCCUCUUAUAAUCAGCUCCAAACUCUUCUCCUAUACCAGGGCAUAUGAUAAAAGAACCUAUGGUCACUUAAACCCCAUGCAGUUCUAGUGCUUAAAGUUUCCCUAUUGUCCUGGAAUACCUGUGCAUACAUACUCCUGGGCAACAUACUGCAACAAGAGAAAAUGAAAUAUCAGCCCCAGUGGAAAUAAUCACAGUAACAUUUAUGGGAGCCAGGGCAAGCAGUUGUUUCUCUAGCGAUGGCUACUUGUUAUUAUUACUCAUAUGUUUUACUGCAGAAAAUCCCUCAAAAUGAUAACAACCAGUCUCUGUUAUAAGAAGAAUUUUGAUGUCUUUUUUGAGGGUAUUGAAUGAUCAGUUCAAAGAUAGAGUAUCCUUCUUAUCCUUCUUGUAGAGUCAAAUAAAAUAUAAGGUAUUUUGUUUACCAAAAGUCCUCUUACCGCUGUAGCUCCCUACUCAGCUGAAGUUUAAAAAGCAUUCGAUAUUCCUGUCAUUGAGGAUAGACUGUUGAAAAAAAAAAUCCUAAUUAAAUGAACUGGACCUUAUAAAAUAGAUUUUUAAACUGAUACUUUAUAAGAGCAUUUCUGUAUUGCUGUAAUAUUUGAAAGCUUAUCUUGUAGCAGUUUUAUAAUCAUAUAAAUAAUCCUAAAAAUAUUAGAAUCAAUUGUUAUGGUUCUAGGUCUGUUACUUGAAACAUGUUCAGCAUUUUGAUUCAUUUCCAAGGUAGUGAUAUCGGAACCUAAUACUGCUUGUACCCAAGAAAAAGGGUCCAUAAGUCCUGGCUGUAUAUAUUAGCAAUAAAGUCAAUUUGUUGCAAAAUAAAGUUUAUAAAAAAAAAAAAAAGGUGAUGCUUUAGAGGAUUGGAUGCCACCACUUAGAGAACAUGGGCCUCUGAGUGUCAGCAGGGCUUUUAACAGAAACAAAAACCUCAUCAUUGAGACCAGGAGUACAUCUGCCUUACCAGCUGGUGACUAAGAGAGGCCAGUGCAAGAGUUUGAUUUGCCAUAAUCUGCUAUAGUUCCAGCACCACACGUCCGUGUUUUAUCUUCACCAGCAGUGAAGCUCAUACCAGUUUCUGGCCCAGGCCUGGGGCAGUGCUCACGUGCAGGGCAGGCUGCUGGAAGAACUUGCACCCAUGUUUCCAGUGGAGUGGUGAGGAGGAUGGCCCACGGCGUGAUGUCAGUCCUGGUUCCACCAGGAGGGAAACAACGUUGUGCACGUGAGUGCCUACUGUCACACCUCAAUUAUAAAUCAAAGCCAAACGUGUACCAAAAAGAGCCCCUUGUGCACGCUAAGUCAUUAAUGUAGACUAUCCCUGAGUGUUUGUAGCGGGAGGUUGUGUGUCCUUUGGGUGAGGCAAACACAGACUCCUGGGCUGAGGAGAAGCACCUCAUGCUUCAUCCAAUCAAAGACACAACUGUGUUCAGGCAGGGACUAUAACUUAUUCCAGCUCUAGACUAAUGCAAUGCAAUGAGAGAGUCGUGACUGUGUAGCAUUUCUUCCUUCUCACUGUGUUUUCUUCAGCUUUUGGCGCAUUACCUCAGAGGGCAUGUGACAUAAAGAUCUCCAUAAAUAUUUUUCAUUCCCUCCCCCAGCCAUUUAUUUUCUUCUGUCCUGGUGAGCUCCCACCUUCUUGAGCUCAGCCUAAAGAGAUAUUAAUGCCACAUGAUUUUCAUUUUAGUGAUAUGUGAACACUCUAGGAAGUAAAGGCUGAUGAAUUUACCUACUACAAGGUGAAUUAAUCAUUCCAGGAAAUUUCCAGUUACCUUUUGAAUUCCUUCCUACAGCUAACUGACUGAGCAAAAUCUGAACUGCUUUCAUGUUAUCCCUUGGAGGUAUGUCCCAGAGACUUAACGCUAUCUCUAUAGCACUCGAUUAAAUGGUGUCCAGUAGUGCUCCUAGGCACUGGCACAUGCUCAGCUGUUUUGUUAAACUGUCAGAAGGUUUCUGGCAGGCGUCGUACCCAUGCCCACUAGCCCCCCUCCCUCCCCCCUCCAACAAUGUGCAGCAAAGUUUGGGAAUUAAACUGGCCCAGGCACCAUUCCCAUUAAAUGGUUUUAGAGUCAAAACUACCAUUUUGUUUUGGAAGCAAGGAGGGAUUUGCUAACAUAGAUGAACCUAGUUGACCUCUGUGCCGGAGAAUAUUUUCUGUCACAUUACACUGUGACAGAAAAUACACAUUUUCACUGACAUUAAUAUG